CCCUGUCCUCAUUUCUGCUGUGGAACUUGUCUGGAUCGAUACUGCUGCUCUGAUUUAUUACUAAAAUUUGAUGAACAAAAACUCCAGUGCAAUCAGCUUAAUGAAAGGUUGUCUGACAUAGAAGACCCUGUGGAAGCUUUAAAGAAGGUCAGCGAGAAAUUGAGGAUGUCUGACUCACAGAUUUUUCAGGAUCCUGAUGAUUUCUUUGAUUCUCCUGGCCCCAGUUUUGGAGCCCUUGUUGCCAUUGGAGUUACUGUUUUUGCAGUGAUUGUCAUUACUAUUAUUCUGUGCCUCACCUGUUCCUGUUGCUGUCUGUACAACGCAUGUCGAAGACCACGGCCUGUGGUGACCACCACGGCCACCACGACGGUGGUUCACUCUGCCUAUCCCCAACAGCCAGCAGUGCCACCCAGCUACCCAGCAGCUCCAUAUCAAGGCUACCAGCCCGUGGCUAUCCAGCCCCAGCCGGGGGUGCCGGUGGCUCCGUACCCUGCACAGUACCCUCCUCCUUACCCCAUGCAGCCAGCAGGACCCCCAGCUUACCAUGAAACCCUGGCAGUUGGUGGUGGAGCCCCUUAUCCCACACAGCCCCCUUACAACCCUGCUUACAUGGAUCCUCAGAAGCCCACCUAUUGAAAAGCUCUUCUACUGUGCUUCUGCAUACAAAACUUUUCAAAAUAUAAUUUGUUGUGUUUACACCAUGCAUCUGUACUAUAUUUUUCUGGAAGACAACAAUCUUUUGUCUAAGUAGAGUGAAAAUCAGUUCAGUAAUUUUUUUUUUUUUUUAAUGCUCCAAGGAAGGAGUAUUUUUCUUGCAGAAGUUAAUUUAUACUUCAGGCAAAUACAGAGAGUUUUUGCUCUAGAUGCAAUGAAAGAAGCAUAAAGGAGUAUUUCAGAAGUACAGAACCACAUACCAUUUGCUGUGCAAUAAUUUUGAGAGGAAUGGUCUAAUAUGAGCAUUGUCAAAUACCCAAAGCUGUAGCAAUCUUUUGCACAGUAUUAAAAUGUAAAAACCUCUAAGAAACUACCUGAUAUAUGUUAUGUAAGUUCUGCCUGUUUUGAAGCUAGUCUUGUUAGGUAAGCUACCCUUUUUAAUACAUUUCAUUUACCAUUCAAAAGGGAAUUUUCCUUUCUUGCAACACAUUUACCUUUGAUAAGGGGUAGUAAACAAUGUUUAAUUGCCUUUGAACUAGUUCUAAAUAGCAGGAGUUGGUUAUUUCCUUGUUUUAAGGUUUAUAAACUGUGCCUCCCCUGGGUGUUAUAGCUAGAAAUUAACACACUCUCUGCCACUUAAUGGACCAAAUAGAUCAAAAGUUGAAACCCUGAAAAUUCUUCAUAAAAAUUAUUGGAUAAGUAUUUCUUACUCAGGUAGCAUUGGACAAACUUGCUUCAGCCAUCUGUUCUUGAUGACUUUGGAAUUAAAAUCAGCCCCUUAAUCACGUGUAAAGUAGAGAUACCUUGGCAGCAUUCAGUCCUGCUUCAUCACAGAGAAGGAAUUUAUUUUACAGUAGAGAUGGGAUAUCAGCAGAAGAUUAGGCUUUUCAAAUGCUCAGGGUUUUUCCACUGUCUCUAGUGGGAACUGUAGAUGGCAGGAGCCUAAGAAUUACAGAUCUUUAUAAAUCCAGGCUGCAUUGGAGUAACAAUAUGCUGGGUGAAGGGCCACGGUGGGCAUUAAACCUCCCUUUUGUCUUCAACAUUCCUGUAAAGCUAAGCAGAAAAUGCAAAGUCAGGGAAAGGAAGGAUUUGGUCACAACCAGGUAAUGUUGUCAGUCAUGAAACAUCUUGAGAUGUCCUUAUGACUGUUAAUACUGCUGGGGCUUUAGGCUUUAUGAAGCUUUUAUUGCUCAGACAAGUAAGGUGGGGUUUUUAUUCACUGUCCUCAACAAUUCUCUUUUCUGACAUCAAAAUGCAAUUUGUUGUUAAUACUCAUAGAACAAUGUAGUUAUUUGCAUGUAUCACUGUGACAUAAUCAAUGAAAUAAUUUUAACAUAUCUUUUACACCGAUUUUACUUUUUUUUUUUUUUUUGAGAGGCCAUUGAGCCAUUUGUCCUGUGAUUCUACAUACAUUUGGGGUAUAUUGUUUGGUGGCAUUUUUUUACCUCACAGAGUGGAUGGAAAUUGCUGCUGUCAAAGACAGCCUUCUUCUUCUUCCUGGUUCUUUGAGUCUAUUUCUGCAGUAUUCUGAUUCUUUUUUAAAGAAAGUUUUCAGGGCAUUUCAGAAGAAACUUGUUGAAAAUUUUUACAUUGAGGUUCAUGAUAACCUGUGCUCCUCUGUUACACCUCUCUGAGUGUUGAAGUUAAUAGCAUGAAACAGUGCCAAGAGGCACUUACAGAGCAUGUAUUCAUGUAUCCUAUGGCUAUGUGUUCCUCCUCUUUCCUGUCUUGUCAGCUGAGAAAUUGGGCAAAACUUCAUCACACUGUCAGGUGUUACAUGGAAACAACCAAAAAAGCAUGGUGUCUCCUGGAGUAACUGCAGAAAUAAAUCCCCUGCUGCAGGUCCUAAACCCUGGAGUUUUAUUCAUGGAGAAGGAGGGCAGAGAUUGUUACAACACCUUUGUUAGCCUGGGUGGAGCCAGGCCAGGGAGAGCACAGGUACAGGAUUCAGGGUGGGGCUUCCUGAGGUUGUUACUGUGCCCUGUUCUUCCUGUCCCCCACCUGGUGUGACAAAGGGAGCAGCCCGUGGCAGUCACAGUGUCACGUUUGGGUUGUGAGACGGAAAUCUGCAAUUUUGUGGCAGGAUGGCUGAGUCAGUCAUCCCUGAGGAAAUGGGAAGAAAGCAAGGUGGCAGCACUAACAGACAUUGCCAGAUAUGAGGUUUUGGGGUGGAAGUUGUACAGACCAAACGGAUGGUCCUGCAUUGUCACUGCUCUGUGUGUGGAAGUGGGAGAUGAGGGGUAGGGUUAGGGAGCCUGAAAGUGGACACCUUUCUUUCAGUGGACAUGUGCAAAUCAUAGCUAUAUACGAGUGAGGAGAUCAGUCAUUAAUGUACAAAGAACUGCCUUAGCAGUACUAUUACUAAUUCAGUUACAAAACUUACUGAAAAGAUAAACUUACUGAAAAAAGAUAAAAUGGUCCAGUUCACAAUUAAUCAGAUUGUGAUUAAUUUCUUAGUGCAUUAAUCAUCAUUAACAGUGAGGUGUAGGACCAAAUUUUGUUUGGUUCUUGCCCUGCAGCCUUGUUGAAGCUUGUUUUCAAAUACUGAAGGAGAAUGGGAUGGUUACAGAAAAGAUGGAGAUGAUCCCUAAGUUUUCAGUUUAAGCACUGCUGGUGUGUCAGUCCCAGUAGCUGUUGCCUUCACAUCAUACUUGUUCUCCACAGUGAGGGAGCUAAGACUUUAAAAGCUGAUAUAUCUUAUUUUUUGUUUUAAUUCUGUAAGUGCCUUUGUUUCAGAAAUGUUUUGUGAAAUUAAAGACAGUAGAAUAUUGAAUUUACUAGAUAAUCAUUGUUGCUUUUGUUACAUACUGUAACCUUGCUUUCUAUGUUGUUUGUAGGUUCAAGAUAAG